GGGUCGGCGUCACGUCACGGAGACGUCACCCGGGACUCUGUCUCGGCAGAGCCGCUCUGUGGUGGAGGGCGAGAGACGCGCACGGCGUUGGGGCAUUAUGGGUGGCGAGGUCUGGCCACAACUAGCUGCUGGAACAUCGGAAGUGGAUUGGUGUGAGCACAAUUACGCAAUCGUUCCCACCAUCGCGGAAUUCUACAAUACGUUAAGCAAUGCGCUGUUCUUCGUGCUCCCGCCUUUGUGCUUCCACUUAUCGCGGCCGUACGCACGACACUUCAAUCGUGGCAUCAACCUCAUCUGGGCCCUUCUGCUGGUUGUUGGUGCCGGCUCCGCUUACUUCCACGCCACGCUCAGCUUCCUGGGGCAGAUGCUGGACGAGCUGGCCAUCCUUUGGGUCAUAAUGUCUGCGCUAGCCAUGUGGUUCCCGCGCCGCCUACUGCCUCAAGCCUUCCGCAAAAACCGGGGUAGGUUCAAGGUGGUCAUGUGCGCGCUGACCCUGGUGGUGACGGCGCUGGCGUUCGUGAAUCCGGCUCUCAACAGCGUGACGCUCAUGGCCUUCGGGAUCCCGUGCACCGUGCUGCUCAUCACCGAGCUCAAGCGCUGUGAGAACAACCGCGUGUACAAGCUGGGCCUGGUGGCCGGGGCCUGGUGGACGCUCGCUUUCCUCUGCUGGAUCAGCGAUCGCCUCUUCUGCGACCUCUGGGAGGCAGUCAACUUCCCCUACCUGCACUGCUUCUGGCACGUGCUCAUCUGCCUGGCGGCGUACCUGGGCUGCGUGUGCUUUGCGUACCUGCACGUCCUGUCGGAGGCGCCGGAGCGAGGGCCGGCGGUCCGCUUCUGGCCCAGCGAGCGCUGGGCCUUCAUCGGAGUUCCCUACGUGGCGCUGCUGUGUGUGCCAGAGCAGCGCCGACACAAGACGCUAUGAUGGCACGCGGUUUCGUUUUUUUUCUUUUCUUUUCUAGAUUUGAAGCUUUCGUGACUGCAAGGAUUAAUAGUCUUAGUUUUUUUCGGUAAAGUCACGUAGGUAAAACAUAAAAAUUAAUUAAAGUAAAAUAAAAAUAAAAUAAAAAUCACGACGUUUCGGAGGCAACACAAGCCCCCGUCUUCAGGUGGAACCGUCACAGCACAAUAGCUGUAUCAAGUGAGAGAAAUUCCAAGAACACAGUAUUUGUAUAUAUACUGGUUGAGGGUGGGAGGAGCCAAGGUAGGCCCUGAAUAUUAUUUUUGUGAGGUUCGGUGCGGCUAAAGUACGCUGUUAGGAAUGGGCCUUUGUUGUGUUUUUAUAGGCACAGCAUUUAAUGUAUGUACGUCUGUAUGUAUGUACGUCUGUUGCUUUCCCACCAUACAUAGCCAACUUUGCUAAUCAGAUGUGUGGGGGAAGAACAACCAACUAAACACAAAAAGCAGUUCUAAAGAAAUGAGUUUUCAAUCUAGAUUUAAACAGCAGAAGUAUACUACGUAUGUACGUAUGCACACACACAACGGCAGCUGUCGUUCAAAUCCCGUACUUACGAUUAGCAUGGUUGGCUACGUACGGUGCAAAAGAAGUUCAACAUGCAUACACACAUAUCGCCGUGGUGCUUGUGCCAGGCUAGGUGCACUUUGAAGCCACGUAGAAUGGGGAAGGCUUGCUGAUAGGUCAUGGGGCAGACAGGUGUUAAGGGUUAACAUAUUUGGGAUGACUGCCACGUGUACAUAUGUAUCCAAAAUGUUAUUUUAUUUAUGCGGGAAAGCCUCAAAAUAUCUACAGACUUUUCAUGAGAGUCCUGCAUUGGGACGUUUGGCCCGAAACGUCGUGAUUUAUUUUAUUUUAUACCUACGUGACUUUACCGAAAGAACCAUAGAGUAUGGAUUCCUGCAGUCACGAAAACUUAAAAUCUAGAUUGAGGGGUAACUAAUUUUUUUGUCCUUCCCCCGCACCUCCGAUAAGCACGGUUGGCUCCGUACGGUGCGAAAGAAGUUCAACAUGCGUACAUACAACGCUCAAAAGGUUUGCGUUCGCAAACUCGGAAACUUGUGUGGAUAUCGGCCAAAACAUUGACUUACAUAUUAUUAUUUUUACCGGCUAAAUGACAAGUGAUUUACAUGUUCUUGCAUUUGCCAUGCACAACACUGUACUUGCUAUGCCCUUGCCGUUGUGAUGCUGUAAGGUUGUGGCUGCUUAUUGGCGAGCUUUCGACACUCGCUUGAGAUGAAAGGGCCAAUGCAGCUGUCCUGAUUUGGUAAAAAAAAACACGCCGUGCUGCAACGUUAUUUGCCCAUCCUUCCGCCCAUGGCACUUGCAGUCGGUGCAGGGCUCCUACCUCUCGUGUCCCCGUAUAGCCCUGCCAUUGGCUGAAGAAGAAUUAUGAAGUAAGGUCAUGCAAGGUCACUGGGAGAGAAGGACAUAAGAAGGAAGAGAAACCGGAGAACAAGGUGUUUACCUACCACUCGAGCACUGUUUAUCUGUGGACAUGUUCUGUCUUUUAUUCCACGGGCAGACAACGAUGAUAUAGAAUAGCACUUGGAUGAUUAUACUUCAACUAUAUCGUUUUUAACGACAAUACUGUAAUAGAAAAUCAUGUUUUCACCUUGUAAUAAUACGAAAGGUUAGCGUUUUGUGAUAAUUAUAAAUUAAUGCACCAGGUAGCGUAGUGGUUCAUUGUGUUGCCUCAAUUUGAAGGUUUACGAGUUCAAAUCCGAGUCGGGAUUGAUUGAGCAUUUCAUUCCUCUGCUGCCGAUAAAAUGAGCACCACUUUGUGGGAAUAAUAACAGGAGUUUGAUUUCGAAUUAAAGCAUUCGUGACUGCAGGGAUUCAUCUUCUUGGUUAUUUCGGUAAAGUCACGGAGAAGAGAAAUGAUAAAGUCACGAAAGCUUUAAAUCGAAAUUUAACCGCCUCUACGGGGAGGGAUUUCACAUAACUUUGAGAUCCUUCAACAAACUCCGGGAUAAGAAGGCUCAGCUAAUCGAGUCUCUCACCUUUCUGAAGAGAUGCUGCGACUCUAAAGUAAUACCCGGUGUUGAUAAGUAAACUACUUUGUCAAGGCGCUCUCCUCCCCCCCGAUCCAGCUUAAAUAUUCGCUGCCAAGCUUGGCGGUGUUCAUUGGGACGCUGUCUUUCCGACAGCUGUUUCUUCACCUGAGGACGGCUGCUUGUGUUGUGGCCGAAACGUCGUGAGAAUUUUUAUUUCAUGUUUUAUUAUUUCCGUUCUACGUGACUUUACUGAAAGAAUCAAGAAGACAGUAGUUUGCUUGUGGAAAGACAUCCUCCCAUCAUAGGAAUGUGCAAAUUAGUGCCACUGUAUGACUGUUUCGUGAGAGGCCGCUGCCGUUUAGUUUACUUUUAAAUAAGAGUACUGCGGAGUCAGAGCAAUGAGCGCUGUAUAGCUAAUAUGUUACGUGUCAUGCUCAAGUGUCGGCACGUGAAGCCAAGGUGUGUGCUUCGUAUCGUGAGGUCGAUAUGUAACCUGGAGUGAGAAGGAGACCCUGCCAGAAACAGACCCGAAAAUGUUUAGCCCUUGUAAAGCUUAACACUUUUGACCAGGCUGUAUUGGGGAAGUCGGUAAAUCAAGCAGCAGGCGACUGAUGCAAUUCCACUUGUAUUGUUGCAUUAACGGUGUUAUCGAUUCGGCUCGCAGGGACCGGUCAAGGAGUUUUGCGGUCAGGUGCACAUGUCUCCACCCUUGGGGGUAGAGUUAUAGAAGGAUGUCGUUGUGAAACUCGAGGUCAUUGUUACUGAUUUAGUUUGUUAAAGAGUACCUGUGUGUCUGAGUUUAAACAACGCUUCUAAACCCUUCUGUACAGUUAUUGCAACUUUUACUCGAAUGCACGCGGUCGCUUUAAUGUGUUUUUUUUCCCACCUCUACAACAAUAUUGCACUUGUGCCGUCGGCAUCACGCUGGUAGUGCAUCACCCUGUGUUAGCGAUGACGUUACAGAGCGGAUUAUUAAGUCACAGAGCGGAUUAUUAAGUCAAUUCAAUCUCUUAACCACAUUCAAGGAAGGAACCUUUUCAUAAGCCCUGCAAGCGUCUGUUGCAUGCCAAUUGGUAACACAUACAUUACGUUUUAGAGGUGAAAUAUGCCAACUUGAGUGAAAACAAACGUGCGAUAUUUUUUGGUAUGUGUGCAGUUGACAGAGGCUGAGAACUCGCGACACGUGAGAACUCGGUUGAAUCAGAGGUAACUGUGAACCUGGACUAGAACUCAGGAAUCAGAGGUGCUGGCUCCACCCGUGCUGUGAUUAGAACCACCCAGCACCGCAUCCGGUAUGAAGUAAUUAACACGACGAUGUGACGUUUGGCCAACGAUUUAGUAUUAAUCAACUGGUUGCGAUGUUUGCCGCACCGUGGUAGACUUGUGUUGGACAGAACCCGAUCACUGUGUGGCACUUAAACAAAUGGGGUUUUACGAGUCGUGGCAAUGAGUACUGCGUUGGCAACAAUGUUCCAAAAAAAUGUCGGAUGUCAAAAUGUAACAACAUUUUUUUUAUGAUUCUCGGAUGCAGGCAGCCGAAUUAUUUUUGUACAUUACUGCAAUGAAAUUUUGAAACUCAAAUUGGGGCGUGUGUUGUUGGCAAGUGAAGUGUUCAUUUUUAUGCGUUGGAUACGUUUCAUACGGUGGUAGUAAUGUUUAUAAAGUCGCCAUGUUAUGACUUUUACAAAGUCAUUAAAAAACCAGGUUAUUCUGGACGUUGUGGUCAUUGUAGAUCUGACAGAUUUCCAUAGACACUGCCCCAUUAAAGAUUACGUCAUUUGGUCAUCUGUUUUAUAUUUUUAUAUAAGGGGAAAAAAACAAUAUUGUACCGGACUAGACGCUGCAUGUUAGUGUACACCGAAAUGAUAGACAUGAGUGAACAUUUCUGGAUACAGGUGUAGUUACGUAACUUCGCACUGCCUAUUUUAAAUAGUUUGUUUUAUCUUGCGCACUACAUGUACAUUCGGUGGGUUUACAUUAAAGGUAAAACAUUUUUAGAAAUGUAGAGGUUUAAUUUUGUUGUGGUCAUUGUAUGUUGUGGUGGUUGCAAUAUUUUGCAAUGCAAUUGUAACUGCAUGACAAUGUGUCUGGAUACAAUAUUAUGUUUUUAAAAAAGGUCAUUUUCAUUUAUGAAGCACGUUUCAUAAUAAACCAUUAGAACCGUU